UCUCAGAAAACAGCGGCAGAUGACAGCAACCCGUUUCGCUCGUAAACGUCGCUUCGUAUCAAACUUCUAAACACAUUUUCUGGAUUUUAACGAGGACAAAAUGUCCAAAAAACAGAUAUUCUAUUCCGACAAGUACAACGAUGAAGAGUAUGAGUACAGGCAUGUUGUUCUUCCGAAGCAGCUGUCUAAACUGGUGCCUUCCUCCCAUCUGAUGGCGGAGGACGAGUGGAGAGGACUGGGGGUGCAGCAGAGCAAGGGCUGGAUCCACUACAUGAUCCACAAGCCAGAGCCACACAUACUGCUCUUCAGGAGACCUCUUCCAAAAGAAUGAAUGGGACCAUCUGUAUGUUUCUGUCCAUGUGUAUGUUUUUUCUUUUUUAUUUGUUUUUGUUCAUGUAUAUUGUCACUGGGCUGUACACCUAUCUCUAUAUAUGUUGUACUGUAUUGUGUAGAACCUCUUUAGUUGUAUACAAUGAUUUGUUCUUUUAAAUUCCCUCAGUUUUCAGAGGUAAUGAAACAAAGGAGUUGAUUCCACUGUGAAUGUUAAACAAAAUGAAAGUUUGCAUGUCAGUUGUACACUUUAAAAAUGUCUUUUGAAAUGUUUUUUUUCACGUUAUUUUGAUCAAGAUUGAUUGAUUUAUUUACUGAUGGGUCAUACAGUCAGGGGGGGUUUCUUCCUCAAAUGUUUUCUCAAAGUUCUUGGAAGAUUUAUUAUAUUUUAAACUUAUGCUUAUGUUAAGUCCAUAUGUUAUUAGAUAUUCCAGAUCCACAGCUAAUUCAGCAGGUUUUUUGUUGCUCAAGGAACAAAAUAAAAUUAGUUGUCAUGUA